UUUACCUGUAAAUCCCCAAUAUGUUCCAAGUAUGUUGGGUCAAACCUAACUCUAGAGUUAUCUCACUAAUAUUAACAAAUGAAGUUACUGUUAUAAAACAGAAAUAUUUUAUUAAAAUAAUAAAGUUGAGAAUUUAUUACUAUUGAUUUUUUCGUUUUCUAAAAUUCGGGUACAUUUGCGUACCCGAGCAAGUCUUCUCGGGUACCAGGUACAGACACAGUAAUUCGGGUAUGCGUACCCGAAUUCGGGUACGUCUGGCAACACUGAUCCCUUGUGAGAAUUCGUAUUCAACACAAAGAUGGCCGCGCCCACUACGAUGCACUUUUAGUGGAUCCCUUAGCUAAGGGAUCCAUUAGGCCAGUAUUCGGAUACAGCCUAUAUUUUCAAAAGGAGUACAACAUAGAGGUUAGGUAUAACACUAUUUAAUAAACUACCGAAAGAAAUUGUAUUACUACAAAAUUUUAAUGAAUUCAAAAAAGUUGUAAGAGAUUACAUCAAAGGAAAAAAAUAUUUAUUUAGCUGGUGAAAUAAACUCUUUGUAAUGACUAUAACUGGUGUGCUUGUGGUCGAUCAAGAACUAACAACAAUGAAUUUCUCUCACUUAAUCAUUUGAUAUUUUCUACGAAAUGGCAAAAGUACCAAAAAGGCCUAAGCUUGGCUCAUUGGGCUUUACCAAAAAUAUUGAGUCAUAUUUUUCAAGAGCCUCAUCUUCAACGAGUCAACAACCACAAGAAUUAUCAACACAAGCAGCAGCUAAUUCAGGAAGUGAGCAAAGAGAUGCCAUGGAUGCUCAAGAGCAACAAGGAGCCAUUGCACGAUUCAAUGGGUCUUCAGUGGAUUGUGCUGAAGCUGUUGACUGCAAUGUAGGUGCGAGUGAAUCAGGUUCAGUAAAUUAUAAUUCAGUUAAUCAUCCUUCCCACCAAAAUGAUGUAGGGCUACACAUAGGGGUAGGAACCCUUAUAAGUGACUACACAAAAUGCCAGUUGCUGGAAAAUCAUUGGACUCCACCUUGCGACUACUCAUUUCCUUUUUCUGUUAAAAAAGAGAAAUGUAGAGAAUAUAAGAGGUAUUUGUCCAAAAAACAUAUUGAUAUGUUUCAUUGGGUGGUUUUCUCACAUGCAAAGAAAGGACUAUUUUGUGUGUACUGUUCUCUCUUCUCUGCCCAUGCUGCUGGUCACAAUAACGGUAUGAAACUAGGGAAGUUGGUGACGGAGCCACUUACCAAAUUUUCAAAGCUGACUGGAAAAGAUGGUGAUUUGGAAGUUCAUGAUAAAACUGAAUAUCAUAACCAGAAUGUCAUUGCGGGUAAACGAUUCCUACAAUCCUACCAUAAUCCUGAGUUUGAAGUCAUUAACCUGAUUAAUUCUCAACGUCUUCAACAAGUAAAUGAAAAUCGAGCUAGAUUGCGACCUAUUAUUGAAACCAUAAUCUUUUGUGGUCGCCAGAAUAUACCCCUACGAGGGCACAGAGAUGAUGGUGUCCUACUGGAUGAUUGUACACCAGCAAACAGUGAGGGUAAUUUCAGGGAAUUAUUAAGAUUCAAAGUAGCAUCAGGUGACAAAGAGUUGGAGAACCAUCUCUCUUGUGCAUCAUCUAGAGCAACUUACAUUGGGAAAAAUACUCAGAAUGAGCUGAUAGAAUGUUGUGGUGAUGAAAUUCAAUCAAUUAUUUUAGGCAGAAUAAAAAAAGCUGGGUUCUAA